AUGUCGCGUCCUGGAUCCAGCGGAGACUCGCUCGGUUCGCAGCACAGUGCCCCCUACCAGCGUGCAAAGAGAAAGGGCAACUUUCUGGACAUGCCGCUGCAAGACCUCCAGAAACUCUGCAAGCGCCAGUGCCGCGGUUUGCGUUGUGAGGAAAGCGGAAGGUUUGGCAGAGUGCGCGACAACGCCAAGGUCCCAGGCUACAUUCGCGUCCGAAGCGACCGGCUCGAGCAUGAGGAGGAAGAGCAGCUCCAACACACAUGGCUCCAGAAGACUGCCAGGGACGUCUUGGAGGCCAACCUCGCGGCUAGGAGGCGCAGUGAGCACGCUGAGGGUGAGCAGAUUCUCCGCAUCCAGCUAACUUGUAGAAGUUGCGAUGGCCUGCUCGCAAGCAGCGAGCCAGCCUCGGCACCGGAAGAGCUCUUCAACGAGCUUCGACCCUGGGUCGUCCACAACAAGUGGCAGCCAUUGAAAUAUGUUCCAGGGGCCUGCAACGAGGACAUACCAGACGAUGCACGGGUCGUUUGCGCCUGUGCGCACCGCGGAUGCGUGUCGGACUUUGCGGAGAAUCAUCUGAUGCCAUGCCUGAAGCUGAUUCAUGCGUCGCUUAAGAACGGGAACGGGGUCCUCCGACAGAAGCUGAGAGAGAAGAGUGCCAAAGCAAAGGAGAGGUACGGAGACGAGAAGGCGACCUACUUGAGGGUUGGCUUGGGUUUAAGGGACCUGGGUUCUUACACAGCGGUCCUGGAACUCUGGCCAAAUGGAUUCCGGUCCCCCAAGCACCACCACGGAGGAUGUGCCGGAAGCAUUCGAGUUCUGCAUGGCGCGCUGGAGUGCCGCCUCUACGACAGCGUUUUGUCUGAUGAGCCCAUGGUAUUUCAGGAUGGGGACUGUGGACUGGAGCUCGAGGAAGCUACCUCGCAGCUGCAACUUGCGGUAGGAGACACGAUCUGGUUAAAUCGUGACAACUGGUUCGUCCAUGACAUGAACUGUGCGCCCGACUGCGCCUUCGCAGUAUCGGUCCACGUCUACAAGAGCUGCACGGAGAGCUUCGCCUUCGUGGCGAACGCCCUAGAGAUGGUCGAAAAAGCCACAAGGAAAGAGGACGCGAACGAGCAGAAGAUGGGUGACCCAAACAAUGAUUUCUUCUGGAAUGUACAUCAGCUAGGUCUUCCGGAGGACGAUCCCCGCGUGAAGGAGAUGGGUCGACCUGAGUUUAUCUACGACGUUGACGAGGGCAUGCGCAGACCUGCUGGUCCAGGCAACUUCAUCAACGACGUGUUGAAGGUAGAGGCGGCGCGCCUGAAACGCUUGCAGGAGAAAGCGCGACCUCGGAGCUGUGGGCAACGCUUCCUUCAGGGAUGUGCCUUCUUGCUCCGCCGCCUUGCGCCUCUGCCAGCGCGACGGACGACGCAGGAUGCCAGGGAGCUGGAAGAGCCGGAGGAGAAGGAAUCGGAAGAAGUCACUGAAGAAGUCCGUGAGAAGGUCCCAGACUUCUUGGCCAGCAUCGACGGCCAGUAUCAAGGUGGCGAGAAGAUGACACUCAGCUUUUCGAACUCAGGCCUGACAGAGGCUCAAGCCCAUGCUCUCGCGCUGGCUUUGGCCGAGCGGUGCUCCGUCGUCAAGGAGCUGAAGCUGGAUGUAAGCUUCAACCCAUGCAUUGGCGUGGAGGGAGCAAGAAAGCUGGCAGCUGCGCUGGCCGACGCGUCCCCGAACCUGGAGGCCUUCGCGCUGCUGUUCAACUGCAGCUACAUCGGCAAAGAGGGCGCCGCGGCUGUGGCAGAGGAGCUGAGCAGGACAAACUUGUGGAAGCUGGAACUGAACUUGGAGGACAACGCCCUCGGCAAGGACGGGGCGGCCGCAGUGACGGAACACCUCAGCCGCUGCGGCAAGCUGGUGGACUUGAGCCUGGAUCUCGGCUACCAUCAAAUGGGGAAUGAAGGUGCCACCGCAAUGGUGGAACACCUGUGUAGGAAGCUGAAGUUGGUGAGGCUGCACAUGAACCUGCAGCAGAACAACCUCGGGAAUGACGCCGCCUCCGCGCUGGCGGGGCAUCUCAGUCGGUGCUCCGAGCUUGUGGAGUUGAACGUGAGCUUCUGGAACAACCGACUUGGCAAUCAGGGUGUCGCCAAAUUUCUGGAGCACUUAUGCAGGUGUCCGAACCUGGAGACCCUCGCAGUGCAAUUUACCAGCAACGUCCUGGGCAGCGCCGCUCCUGCGGCGGCUCACCUCAGCAGGUACCGCAAGUUGUCCUCGCUGGAGCUGGGGUUGGGCCUGAACAGCUGGUGCCAGGACGACGCUGUUGCGGUGGCAGAGCACCUCAGCAGGUGCGCGCACCUGGAGAGGCUGCACCUGGACUUCAUGUUCGGCACUCUCUGCACUGAGGCCGUGGCUAAGGUGGCUGAGCACAUCUCCAAGUGCAGCAAGCUGACGGACCUGAACCUAUCGCUCUACCACAACCAAGCUCGGGGAGAAGGUGUGAUCGCACUGGCGCAGCACCUUUGCAGGUGCCCAAACCUGGAGACCUUGUCGUUGCAGUUGGCAGCCAACGGCUUCUGCGCCGCUGAUUUGGCAACAAUGGCAGAGCACCUGAAUAGGUGUCCGAAGCUCCAGAAGCUGGCGCUGUCUUUCGGCAGAAACGACCUGGAUGAGGCGACUCAAACAGCCUUGCGAGGCUGGCUGGCAGGUCUUCCUGAGGUGCAACUCUCCUGCUGGUACUAG